AAAAACAACUUUCAAAAGAAGAAGUAGAAGAAAAAUCAGUGACAUUUCUGGAAAAAAGAAAAACACUAUCAAACGAAAAUAUCAGCUUUUAUUGUGGCAAAUAAUCUGCAUUCUACUAAAGAUUUUACCUCAAAUUGUCAUGCUAAACUGAAAGAGGAGAGGAAAGUUUGAGGAAAUUGCAUCAGCUCAUGAGAAAAAAUGUCAGAGAGCAGUGCAGAAAUAGGAGCUGCAGCUGGGGAUUUGGGGCCCAAGGGACGCGAAGAUGGGCGCUAUUGUUGGGUCUGCUUUGCCACAGAUGAUGAUGAUGCACUGGCCUUAUGGGUGCAGCCUUGUAAAUGCAAAGGAACCACCAAAUGGGUUCACCAAGUGUGUCUGCAGCGUUGGGUGGAUGAGAAGCAGAAGGGAAAUUCCCUCAAGUGUGUGGUGUGUCCUCAGUGUCAGACAGAGUACAUAAUAGUCUUCCCCAAUAUGGGACCUAUGGUGAAUUUCUUGGAAAUAAUUGACACACUCAUCAAGCGCCUGAGUCCCUUCUUGGCUGCUGGUGUGGUCGUUGGUUCUCUCUACUGGACGGCCGUUACUUAUGGGGCCAUAACAAUACUGCAAGUGGUUGGCCACAAGGAAGGACUGUCCGUGAUGGAGAACUCAGAUCCACUUGUUCUCUUAAUUGGUUUGCCAGCUAUUCCAGUUGGAUUGGUGCUGGGUAAGAUGAUCCGCUGGGAGGAUGCCAUUUUGCGGUUCCUUCAGAAUCGCCGAACAGUCGCCAGGAAAUUUCCCCUUCUCAAUUUAGUUCUUCCAAUUAGCGAGAGUGAGGAGAAUGAAACCAGUGAAAGUUCAUUAACAACGCCAAUUCUAUCAGAUCCUGUUUCAGCCACAAGAAUUCUCUGUGGAGCCAUUCUAUUGCCCACAGUUUCCUCAAUUGUUGGCCGUAUUUUCUUUGAGUCAAUUCAAAAUAAUUUGCAUCGUACAAUUAUUGGUGGAUUGGCAUUUAUAACUGUAAAGGGUGCCCUUAAGAUUUACCACAAACAACAGCAAUUCAUCCGGAAGAAACAACGAAAGAUCCUGGACUACAAUGAGGAAAAUGUGACGGCGUAUGUAAGUAAAAAUCCAAGAUCCUCUCGUUCAAAUCAGGCUCAACAGCCGUAAAAGACAAAGGAAUUGUUUCGUCCAUUUUUCUUAGGUGAUUUGAAAAAGAAAAAAAAUGGAUGAAAGAAAUUUAUAUUGCGAUAAAGACACAAUUGAUUUCAGCAAGAAAUAUUUUAAAUAUGUCAUAUAGCACAUAAAAUUCUAUUUCGCUGUUAAAAA